UCUCGUAAAUUAAAACGAAAUAUCUCGCUGGCUCACGACUCUGUGACAAAACCCCAAAAUCAGAAAAACGACAAAAAACCAGCCCCUAACCCUAGAUUUUCCGAUGGCCAGCGACGCCCAGGACUCCCAUCGCAAGCACCGCCGGGCCUCUUCCGACGACGACGAGGCCGUCGAGAAGUCGUCUAAGCGCCACAAACUCCGCCACCACCGCCGUCACCACCGUCACCGUCACGGGAGCAAAAAGCGCGAAGAGGAGACCAAGGCCGUCGUCGACGAUGUCGAAGCUCCUCCAUCGCCUCCUGUUAAGUUAUCUGAUUCCGGUGUCAAUGGUUCUAUGCCGGUUGAAGACGUGGAGGAAGGCGAAAUUCUCGACGAGGAGGGUGUCGGUGGUCGCGACGACGGCGUUUUGAAGACGACAGCGGGCUCUGAUGCAGAGUCUGGUGAAAUUGAGGCUCCUGGAGUUGGCGAUCAUUCCAAUAAGCGGAAUCUGAGAGACACUGACAUUGAUAAAAAUACAAAAACUGGGGGAGACCUCAGUGGUGAUGAUGAUACCAGCGGUCAUGUUGGUGGUAAGUCUUGGAAUGAGGCUGGUUUGCCUAGAGAUUCUAAGAAGGGGCGACACAGGGAGUUUGGGUCCCCUUCUAGAGGAAGUGAUAAGCGAAAGAAUUACUAUGAUGAUGAAAAAGAAGAUAGAGGUAAAUUAGCAUAUCGAAAAAAGGCAUCAUCUGGAAGUAGUGGGGACAAAUACAAUACCUUGGUGCGCUCACCAUCUGGGGAUAGGCGCGGUGAUGAGCUGCACGGUAGGAGGAGAUCAAGGUCGUACGAUCCUGUGAGGGAGAGAUCUCGCUCCCGUAGUGCAAUAGAAGAAGAGUCUCUUUCAAAAAGGAGACGUUAUCAUGAACGGGACAGCUCAAUAUAUGUUCAGAAAGGCAAGGCUGUGCGCGGCUCUGAUGAUGAAGGAAUGGCUUGGGGUAUUGACAGUGUUGAUCUGAUGAGGGAUGAUGAAAGGGAACACAAUGUUAGGUAUAGCAGAUACUCUGGAUUAGGCCGUAGUCGAGAAAGAGAGAGAAGUAGGGAGAGGGAGGCAGAUCAGGAACAGAGAAGGGAGAAAGAUCAAGAAAGAAUCAGGGACAGGGAACGGAGAAGGGAGAAAGAAAGAGAAAGGAGUAGUGACAGGAAAAGAGGAAUAGGACGAGACCAUAGCAGGGAAAGAGUGGUUGAUAUGGAAAGGAGAAGGGAAGAGCGGCAUAGGAGCAGGGACAGGAAUAGGGAUGAUAAUAAUAGGAGCAGGGACAGGGUCAAGGAUGAUAGGGACAGAAAUAUGGAGAGGGGCCGUAAUAGGGACAGAAAUAUAGACCGAAAUUGGGAGCGGCGAGAUGAUAGAGACUGGGAUAGGGGUCGAGAUAUGGAGAGGGAGAAAUAUGAAAAUCAUGAGGAUAGCUAUGGAAAUCGAGAUAGGCAUAAACAUUCUGCUCGAUCAAGGCAUGAUGAAAAAGAAUAUGACCAGGACAGAAGAAGUAAAACUGAUCCAGGAAAGGUACAGAUUCCAAAGAAUUAUUCUGUUGAAGGUGAUGAAGGCACGAAAGAAAGAGAUGAAGAUGAAGAAGAAGGCAUUCAAGUUGCUGGCCAGGAAGAGGAUGAUGUGGAUAGAAUAAAGGAAGAGUCUCGAAGAAUAAAACAAGCCAUCUUAGAAAAAUAUAAAAGUCAGCAGUCACAACAAACAAAUGAGUUGGGUCUACAAGAACAAACUGAGUCACAGUUGCAGCAGCAAUUUGAGCCUCAGCCUUUGGAACAAUCCGCAGAUAAAGGUCCUGCAGAUCAUCUGGAGCAAUCAGCAGCUGCUGUCCAACCUGGUCUAGAAACUGAUGAUGGAAGGAGUGAUGGAGAUGUGUCUGUUGCUGCAUUUUCCGUUUCACCUCAGCAGAAUGGUGCUGAUACUUCUAGAAUGCCUUCUGGUGCCACAGGGCUUGGAGAGGGUACUCCAGAGAGUGAAGGAGCUGUUGGCGUUGAUGAUAUCUUUGGUGAGACCCCGGUUGGAGUACGAAAAUUGGGAAAAGGAGAUCAUGUACGAAUUGAAAGGAGUGGUCUUCAUGAUAACUGGGAUGAUGCAGAAGGGUACUACAGUCACCGUUUCGGAGAAUUACUUGAUGCUCGGUAUGAAAUCACUGCUGCUCAUGGGAAGGGUGUCUUUUCAACAGUAGUCCGUGCAAAGAACCUUACAGUUGGUAAUGGUGAACCUGAAGAAGUGGCAAUUAAGAUUAUACGGAGCAAUGACACUAUGUUAAAGGCUGGUAUGACUGAGUUGACCAUAUUGAAGAAAUUAGCGGGUCAUGAUCCAGAUAAUAAGCGCCACUGUGUUCGUUUUCUGUCGAGUUUCAAGUAUCGAAAUCAUCUUUGUUUAGUGUUUGAAUCCCUUCAUAUGAAUCUUCGCGAGGUCUUAAAGAAGUUUGGGCGCAAUAUUGGUCUUAAGCUAACUGGUGUCAGAGAAUACGCUAAGCAACUUUUUAUUGCACUGAAGCAUUUAAAGAACUGUGGUGUCCUUCAUUGUGAUAUAAAGCCAGAUAACAUGCUGGUAAAUGAGUCAAAAAAUGUGUUGAAGCUGUGUGAUUUUGGUAAUGCCAUGUUCGCUGGAAAGAAUGAAGUUACACCAUACCUCGUCAGCCGCUUUUAUCGUGCUCCUGAAAUAAUUCUUGGCUUGCCUUAUGAUCAUCCACUGGAUAUCUGGUCAGUUGGUUGCUGUUUGUACGAACUUUAUACAGGAAAAGUACUUUUUCCCGGUGCUACAAACAACGAUAUGCUACGUCUUCACAUGGAACUGAAAGGCCCUUUCCCAAAGAAGAUGCUUCGGAAGGGAGCUUUUACACAUCAACAUUUUGAUCAGGAUCUGAACUUCCAUGCUACAGAAGAUGAUCCUGUUACAAAGAAGGCAAUCAAUCGGGUGAUUUUUAAUAUAAGGCCAAAAGAUAUUGGAUCACUUAUUACGGGUUCUGGUGAGAAUGCAAAGAUGCUAGCUGAUUUUAAAGAUCUUUUAGAUAAAAUGUUUGUAUUGGAUCCAGACAAGAGGUUGACAGUAUCACAAGCUUUGAACCAUCCGUUCAUCACUGUUUUGGCAUGGUUGAAGUCAAAGGGGGUGAUGUUUUGGUCAGGAGUACUCAUUACUGGCGGGGGUUCUUUCAGUGAUUGUACUGUUUCUAUCGUAAGACAACUAGCCAAAGGCGUCUUUUCCCCCUGUAAUCAUUCAUGGUUGGCAAAUAUGAAAAUUAAUUACAUCCAUUUUAACUUACCAUCAUGAUUAUAUGUGUAUUCUGAACUUGGUUUCUGCAAUUUAAUCUGUGGAACAACAGGAGAUAUAUUUAUCUUCAACAGUUGUUUACAAAAUAUGCACUUGCAUUUUUCUUUCUGUA